AUGUCCAAGGGCGCAUUGUCAAGAGCCAGAUCAACAAGUGGGGACAGUACGGACGAGGAUGGAGGAAGCCACGGAUAUCAUGACAACGAGAUGAUGCGGACAGAAGGACGCGACAACCUGAACAACAAACGCAAGCAGCGCAAGUACGCCAAGAUCACCUCCACACGACGGGCCGUCCUGACCAUGGGUUUGACACUCAUCUCUGUCGUUGCCGUGAUGGGGUUAGUGGGAUGUCAAGCUUCCCGAUUGCUUCGCAGACGCUAA